AUGAAUGUAUCAUUCCCAAAUGUCCGACAUACAAAAUCCCGAAUCGCGCACAACGGCGGUGGCGACACCAGACUUCGCGACAGCUACGCCCCGCGUACCACUUCCAUGUCCUGGCAUACAGACAGUAGUGCGAACCCGCCGCCACCGGGACUCAUCUUCCUGUACAUGCUCGAGUGCCCAGACGUCGGCGGGGACACGGUUUCCGUCAACACGGCGGAGGCGUACAAGAUACUUUCCCGGCCUUGUGCGGAGAGAUUGCAGGGGUUGAAAGCUGAGCAUAAAGUUGGCACGGGUGUUAGUAGUGUUCUCCCUGUUGUCCGAACGCACCUCGUCACGGGAGAGAAGUGUCUCGUCGUCAACCCGCUAUGUCCGUCAUUGUCAGAUCAGAUCAGCUUCCCCGUCCCCCAUGCUGAAAAUAUGGUCUCACUUGCCUCAGAUACUACAAACAUUAUUGGCUUCAAGAAGGAAGAAAAGCGACACUCUGCUCAAGUUCUUCUUCGAGCAUCUCGCCUAUUCCCAACAAUGUCAGGUCCGGGUUCAAGUGGACCGUCCGAGGACACUGUCGUCAUCUUCGAUAACAGAGCCACGGCCCACUCGGCCAUCUUUGACUUUAUCGACACCAACGCCGCCAUCUCGCACGGCUGUCUCCGGCAGCGGAGAAGCUUUAUGAGACUCCACUACCCGAAUCAGCGGGAAUACGAGGAGGGUUCUUGCCCUCUAUGGCGGUAA